AAGAAGGAAAUGACAAAUAAACAGAUGAUAAAAUUGAAAAUAAAGAUAGACCUAUUUGAUAAACUAAAUAAAGAAAAUAACCUUUAAAAAAAGGUGGUGCUCAUUCUAAAUAGAUUACUAUAAUGUAAGAAUAUUAAGGAUUAGAUCCUAGAAAUGUUACUAAAGAAUCUAACUUAUUUAUUGGGAGUGAAUUUCAUAUAGUGAA